AUGGCGCCUAGGCCGUCGCCUACUGUACCUGUCUGCGGCGGUGCGCGGGCGCGGGGCGCGGCCGAGCCGAGCGGGCGGCGCGCUGUGCCUGCAGGCGGGCCGCGGCGCCUGGCGCGCAGACCCAGCGCGGGAUGCGUUGCCGUCUGCCCGAGGACGCGGCCGGGGGGCGGAGAGGCACCGCGGGGCCUGCGCUGGCGGGCAUCACGGUGGGUUGCUGCGGAAUGUGACCGCGGGCGCCUCUGGGUGAGGCCGGCCGGGGCCCCGGCGGCGCCCCGCGCUCGCCACGCCGAUACCCUGCGCUGGUGCGGCUGGGCUCUGGGCGGGCCGCGGCAGGCGCGGCGGCGCUGGCGGCGCUGCGGACGGCGGUGCGGCGGUGCGUGCGUUCACACCGGGCCCUGCGCGGGGCCCGGGACUGCCGACGUGACGGUCGGAGACGUGGUGCCCACCGGGGCCGCCCGUCACCUCUAUCCUCAGCGCCUCCGGAUCGCCAACCCCACGAACAGAGUGGUCGCCUUUGAGGCCUCUCGCCCCCCGGCGCGUGCGUCGUUUCUCCGGCAGCCUGGAGAAGCGGUGCAGUUCGUGCUCUCCUCGGGCCGCCUGGCGCUGCCCGGCGGUAACAAGGCGGUGCUGGUGGUGGUGGCGGCCCAGAAGCUCGUGAGCCGCCUGCAGGUCGCGCCCAAGUCGCACUUCGACGAGACGGUGCUGUCCGUGGUGCACACCUCGGAGCCCACCGAGCCCGCCCGGCUGGAGGAGACCUUGGGCAGGCUGAGGGAGGCGGCCAGGAAAGAGAUGCUGGAGGUGAUGCAGAUGGGGGUGGAAGAUCUUUUCCAGGAGCACCAGCAGACCUGGUCUGACCUGUUCAUUUCAGGGAUUGAAAUGAGGAAGAUCACGGAUGCUCACACCCCAUCCAGUGAGACUGUCAACAUGACCCUGUACUACGUGCUGUCCACCAUGCCAGCCCCCCUGCUGGACCCCCUGAUCAGUGCUGAGGACAGGGAGAAGAUGGAGGGCAGCCUGAACUACGCUGACCACUGCUUCAGCGGCCACGCCACCAUGCACGCCCAGAACCUGUGGCCAGCCAGGCUCACCAGCGUCCCCCAGAUCCUGCAGCUCUCAGACCUGUGGAAGCUGACCCUCCAGAAACGGGGCUGCAAGGGCCUGGUGGCAGCUGGAGUGCACGGGCUCAUGCAGGGGAUGGUGCUGAGCUUCGGGGGGCUGCAGUUCACGGAGAACCAUCUCCAGUUCCAGGCUGACCCCGAUGUGCUUCACAACAGCUACUCCUUACGUGGGAUCCAUUACAACAAGGACUUGAUCAACCUGGCUGUGCUGCUGGAUGCCGAAGGGAAGCCCUUCCUGCACGUGUCAGUGAAGUUGCAGGAGAAGCCAGUGAGGCUGUAUGCCUGCGAGGCAGGCUGCAUGAACGAGCCCGUGGAGCUCACCUCGGAGGCGCGGGGCCACACCUUCCCCGUCAUGGUCACCCAGCCCAUCACACCCCUGCUUUAUAUAUCCACAGACCUGGUCCACCUGCAGGACCUGAGACACACACUCCACCUAAAAGCUAUCCUGGCUCAUGAGGAGCACAUGGCCAAGCAAUACCCGGGCUUGCCCUUCCUGUUCUGGUUCAGUGUGGCCUCCUUAAUCACUUUGUUUCACUUGUUUCUGUUCAAACUCAUCUACAACGAAUAUUGUGGGCCUGGAGCCAAGCCACUCUUCAGGAGUAAGGUAUAAGGCUGCUGCUUUUGGCUGCUGUCCACUGAGUGUUGUCAGCCUGGUGUUCUGUCAGCUGUGCCUGGGCAGGGUCUGUCUUGGACUGUGAGGAUUUUCAGUCUCUCUUGCAACAAGCAACCUGUGACCUCUUCUUGCAAGGGGAGGGAAUAGGGCAGGGAUUGGAGCAGCAGGGAUUAUAAAUAUUAGCAGACAUGAACUCAUCAUCUGCCCUUAGACAUUUGUAAGGCUGCAGGUGGAGGCAGACACAGCUUUCUGUCCUUUUUCCAUACAUCAUUGCUUGUUUCUAAGCCAGGAAUGUCAGGAGAUGAUGUUUCUUGUUCUGCAAUACCAGAAAGCUUGUGAGAGCUGCUGUGUGGAGAUGUCACACCUGGUCUGAAUGGGUGACGUGUCACACUGCAACACCCAAAUGCAGGCUGGUGUUCUGACUUUUGGGACUCCUGGUCCAUGUUCAUGGAUUUACAGACACUGUGCAGUCCUCCAUCAAACCACAUUUACCACCAUUGUUUGGGGCAGGUGCUGAGUUGGUGUUUCUUCCAUUCAGACAAAAUUAAGGAAAGUACUGAGUGCUUUUUACUGUGAGUUGGAGGCUCUGGCUUCAAGCUCUACUGCAUCUCAUUUGGGUGUAAAGAUUUUGAAAUUAUUGCUUAGAGUUGCCUUAGAAAACUUAGUUGCUAGUAAAAACUAGAGAAUAGAAGGUGAGUUCUGCUCUUAGUACUGGGACUUUCUGGCUGUGUGUUGAUACAGAGUAGAAAUGCAAGACCAGACUGGAUUUGCUGUGUGAGCUCCCUUGUGCUGUUCAGAGGCUUCCCCUCCUAAGGGCUGAACAGUUAAAUGUAGCUUGUGUUUGAAAAAAAAAAAGGAAAUAAAAAGGAGAUAGUUAAGUGGAGCUGUCAGAGGAGAAGUUCUAGCUUUAGAUUGCCCUGUUAUUCCAAAUGGUAAAAACAAAUUCAAUUUUUGAUAGCUAAGGCUGGACAGAAGGUGCUAGACUAAACUCAACAGUUGGUAUCUAAGGGGUGUUUAAGGAGAGCUGGAAAUUUCCCUGUCAGCUCCCUGGCUUUGUCGUGGUGAGCACUGGGGAUCAAACCUGAUCCCAAGCAGGUCUGAAUACCUGUCAUCCAAUGAAGGAAUGAGUGGGAGGUGCUUGUGGCUGGACAGACUAACCUAGGAGGAGGUAGGAUAGAUGUGUGUGUCAGACAGCUGCUGUUACAAGCCUCUGAUCAUGAUCCAAACCCUCGUGCAGAAGGAGGAAGGUGCUGGGAGGUGGUGCCAGUUGUUGUGUACACAGCUGACAUGUGUCCUGGAACGUGUCCUUGGAAUUAUGUAAUUAUGUCCUUCUCUCACUGUUGUCUCUCUGAUUGCCUUUGUCAUCUCCAAGACUUGCCUUCUGCCUGUUCCCAAGUGACCUGUUGCCCGUUGCUGCAGGUGACUGUCCCUGACUCUGCUCACUGAACUGCCCAGAAGCGCCACAGCCACAGCCCAGGGCUGAGCCACCCCCAGCCUGGACACUGCAGAGCCCUGAGCGACAGCAAACUCUGCUGCCUCGGCCUGGGUGGACCUGCUGAACAGGAAGGUGAUGCAGAACUUGAUUCCAGAACCAGGGCAGAAGUGGGAGCCAGCUGAAGCUCAGAACCUCUGUAGCAGCGAGAUGGAUGGUGUUGGAAUAACCCCCCGUUCCAUGAGCUGAAUGGGAACAUCCCCGUGUCCAAGUGAACUUAGUCCUGCUUUCAGCCUCUGUUUGCACAAGACAUCUGACAAUUUUGCAGCUGAGAACAAGGACCUUUUGAAAGCAACAAUCUUUUUGUGCCUUGCUAUGACAGGAAUCUGAGACUUGGAAGGUGUGGUGAUGGAAGGGUUUAUGCCAGAAGUUCAUGUAACAGAUGUUUCCUUUUCCUUGUAAGCUGUUCAGUUCCCUAAGAGUAAUCCAUUUGGUGAACAUACUUGAAGAUAUACUAAGUUCUUUGAUAUUUUGAUUUGAGUUUUGUUGGGUUUUUUUUUUAAUUUUACAGGAGAAUAAAGAAUGAUGAUUCCCUUCAGAGAGUUAACUAGAAAACCUUAGUGUAACUUCCUUUCUGGUAUACAUUUUUUAAUUUAUUGCUUGGGGGGUGGGGGAGGAUGUUGAUAAUUUUGCCUCCACUUCAGUAACAGUCAAUUGAUCUGUGGAUAUCUAAGUGCUGGUAACAGGUUUUUCAGCCUUUAUGACUGUAGAGUGCAAAAUCAAUUUGCUGAAAUUGUUUUCUGGAUUUACACUUGGAAAUGCUGUUCUGCAGGUUUCCUACUCUAAGCCUACUGAGACUUUAUGCAUUGAUUUGUUUUGGCUAUGGGGAGGGGAAGACAUCCCACUUUCUAGUGAUUUAAAGGUUGUUUGGUUUUAAAAUACCAAAGCUGUUGUUUCUAAAUAAAUAUCUUUCAGUCUAAUCUGA